AUGGUGGCAAAGCAAGGUUGGAAAUUUUUGAGGGAACCAAGUUCUUUAGUAGCCAGGAUAUACAAAGAGAAGUAUUUCAGCUCGGUACAGUUUUCUAAAGCAAGUUUAGGAAAGGCCCCUUCUCUGAUAUGGAGGAGUAUCUGGUCAGCAAGGGAGGUUGUUUUGAGGGGAACAAGCAUUUUAGGAGCAGACUCAAAAGUCAGGUGCAAGGGUGAAUCCUCUAAUGAUAGUGAGAAAUCAGAGCUAUGGAAACACAUAUGGGAACUUGAAGUGUAUGGAGGAUGUAAACAUUUCUUAUGGAAGGCUGUGAGUAACACGCUGCCAACAAGAGCUAACCUGUAUAAGAGAAAGAUUAUAGAAGACCCCUUAUGCCCAAUAUGUCAAAGGGAGGAGGAAAAUGUGCUUCAUGCCCUCUGGAGUUGUCCAGCAGCCUCUGAUGUGUGGGGGGAAAUGCUGAGUCCAGUGCAGAAGUGGAGGUUGGAGGAGAAGGAUUUUCAACAGUUGUGGUUGAGGAUGGUUAAGAGACUCACUAAGAAUCAGAUAGAGAUAACUGUAAAUAUCAUGAAGAGAAUAUGGGGCAGGAGGAAUGAGGUUUUAUUUGAAAAUAAAUUCAUGGACCCGGGGAAAUUAGUGCAGAAUGCUUUAAUAGGGUGGGAAGUGUUUCUCGAAGCCAAUAAGAAGACCUGUGACACAGUGAGGGAGGUAUCUUCUAUUAGUAAGCAAGGGUGGGAAAAACCAGUGGGUAAUUGUUGCAAAGUGAACUUUGAUGCAGCGUUGGAUAUGGUAAAUAAGAAGAUAGGCCUGGGCAUUAUAGUGAGGAACAACGCAGGUGAUAUUAUGGCUGCUGUAUGUACUCCAAGGAAAUUAGUAGUAUCUCCCUUUCUGGUUGAGUGUCAUGCUCUUUGGAGAUCGAUGGAGGUGUGCAGGGAACUGGGUUUUUGGGAUAUAAUUUUGGAGGGAGAUGCAAAGAACGUGAUUGAUAGAGUAAAUUCUGCAACAGAAGAUGAAUCAGAAUGGGGACAAAUUAUUACGGAUUUAAAGACAGUCCUAGGAAGGUGUGAUGGGUGGUCUUUGAAUUUUAUACAUAGAGAAAAGAAUGGUGUGGCACACUUUUUAGCAAAAAUGGCUCUAAAUUUAGAUGAGGAGCGUUGCUGGAUUGAAGAAGGUCCAAUUCAGAUAGAACAGUUGAUUGUAAAGGAAAAGUCAUGUAUUACUCUGAAUACAUAA